AUGACCUUGGAUCAUUUUGUCUUCCCGGGCGAUGCCAUCUGGCUGGCACUGGCCACGGGGGUCCUCUACCUCGUUACUGUGGCGAUCUAUGAGCUCUUCUUCUCUCCCUUGGCGCAUAUCCCUGGCCCCAAAUUGGCCGCUUGCACUCGACUGUACGAGUUUUACUACGAUGUAGUCAGACAUGGGCGGUACACGUUUAAAAUUGCAGAGCUGCAUGAUAAAUACGGACCCAUUAUUCGGAUCAGUCCACGCGAGGUCCACAUCCGGGACCCCGAGUACUACGAAACGCUCUACGCCCUCAACGCCCCUCGCAACAAAGACCCAUGGUUCACGACGCACUUCGACGUCGCUGAGUCGGCCUUCGCAACGCUCGACUAUCGGCUUCACCGGCCGCGCCGGGCGGAGCUCGCGCCGUACUUCGCAAAGGCUCGAGUUACGCGCUUGCAAUCACUGAUUCAAAAGAACCUUGACAAAUUAGCCGAUCAGCUCAAUGCCUACGUGCGCUCUGGGGAGGUCCUCAAAGUGGACAUUGCGUAUAACUGCUUCACCGCGGACGUAAUCACCGAGUACACGAGCUAUCGCUCCCUCGGCUAUCUGGAUACAUCCGACAUGGUGCCCAUUUGGAGCGAGACCGUUCGCAAUCUGGUGGAGAUCGGGAUGAUCUCGCGCCAUCUUCCCGGUUUCUUCCCUCUGCUGGCACGAACAGGGACGAGAUUCAUUAAACUGGUGUGUCCGAAACUGUUGCCUGUGAUGGCAUUUCGGAUGAAAUGUGCCCAGGAGGUCAGCGUUAUGUGGAAUCAACCUGAGCAGGCAGCCAAGGCGGCGAGCGACAAACAGUCGAGCGAGCCAGUGUUAUUCCAGGAUCUGGUCCGUCGCGCUUCAAUGACGCCGGAUAUCACCGAAGCUCGAGUACUACAUGAGUAUAUCACUAUUGUAGCCGCUGGGACCGAGACCACCGCACAUACCAUGACGGUGUGUACAUUCUAUAUUCUCAAUAACGAAGCGAUUCUGCGAAAGCUGCGCACUGAAUUGGAGCAAAGGUUCCCUGGAGAUGAGGUGAUGGAUUUAGCAACCCUUGAACAGCUGCCUUACUUAACUGGGGUCAUCUACGAAGGACUACGACUCUCCUACGGUCUAUCCCAUCGCCUCCAGAGGAUCAGCCCGAUCGAUCCUUUGCAGUACAAGGACAUAGUCAUUCCGCCAAAUACCCCAGUCGGAAUGUCCUGCGCCCUAAUGCAUCAUGAUGAGACCAUUUUCCCACAGUCACACGAGUUCCUGCCGGAGCGAUGGUCCAGUCCGGACGAGCGGAAGAGACUGAACAAGUAUCUCGUUUCGUUCAGCAAGGGGUCCCGGCAGUGUAUCGGGAUGAAUCUGGCUUUUGCGGAGCUGUAUCUCGCCGUGGCGACUCUCUUCCGGAAAUUCGACAUGGAAUUGCGGGACACCACGGUCGAUGAUGUCAAAUUGCAUAGCGACAUGAUGCUCCCGCACCCGAAGCCAGAUAGUCAGGGGGUUCGGGUGGUUCUGAAAGCGAGAAUGUGA